GCCUUAGCUUUUCGGCAGUUUUUUUUUUUUUUUUUGCAGCACUGCGGCAGUCCACUGCGGGAGUCUUCUGCGGGAGUCCAAGGCUGCGUUUCGAUCAGACACCAUGUUCCUGACGGUUUUCCUGCGCGGCAGCCGGAUCCCCGGAAAGCAGUGGCUCGGGAAGCACCGGAGGCCGCGGAAGGUGACUUGGGGAAUGAAACAGGGCAUGAUCCGCAGACUGGAGAUAGAAGCGGAGAACGAGUACUGGCUGAGCAUGCCGUACAUGACGUGGGAGCAGGAAUUCAACCAUUCCGUCGCCCGCAGGCGAGAGAACUUUGAGGCCAUCAAGUUGGCGCAGAUGUCCAAGUUUCCCCCGCACAGGUUGGUCGCGGACCAGCUCAACCACCUCAACGUCUCCAAGAAAUGGUCGUGAGAGCCGCUGCCGCUACCCUGGGCUCUCCAGGCCAGGAGCUGCCUUCCUCCCGCAACCACGUAAGCCUCGAGUCAUGCGCUCAGGCCUUCUGCGGAGGGAGCUUGGUAACCCUCGCCUUGGGAUCCCUGACCGCGGUGGCUCGAGUUGGUCAAAGGAGGAGGCGGCGGCGGCUCUUACGUCGUCACCCAAACCUCUGGAAGGCUGAAGCCGAAAUAUUAUGGAGUGAAGAUUAAAUAAAGCUGCAAAAUACU